CAGUGGCAGAGCACCAGCCGUGCGAGGACCGUCGAUCGUGUCGAUUGUGAGCAUCCAAUAUACGUCGCACCUGCGAGUGGAAAGGUCCGUGCGUGUCCUUGGGGAACACUUUGAGAGCGAAGAGACAGCGCAGAGAUCGAAGAUUAGCAGGUGAAAAUUCCGAGGGCUACUUCUACGCGAACAACGAGAUGUCCAUGCCCGUGAGUUUCCGUGAACGCUGGAACGUCCGCGCCUCCGACAUCGCCAGGCGAACCUACAAUCCCAUCAGGUCGAUCGUGGAGAACAUCGUCGUCGAGCCGAAUCCCAACAAGUCGAUGAUCGCGUUGUCUCUCGGUGAUCCCACGACUUUCGGCAAUCUCAAGCCACCGAAGGAGGUGAUCGAGGCAGUGCAAGAGAGUGUCGCCUCGCAAUUGUACAACGGAUACGCGCCGUGCACAGGUUAUCAGAGGGCACGAGAGGCCGUGGCGGAGUACAGCUCAAACGAGUUCGUGAAAGUCGACGCCAAGGACGUGAUCCUGUGCAGCGGAUGUUCCAGCGCACUUGACAUGUCCAUCACGGCUUUGGCCCGAGCCGGUCAAAACAUCCUGAUUCCACGCCCUGGUUUCUCGAUCUAUCGAACGCUGGCGGAAGGUCUUAGUAUUACGGUCAAAUCGUACGACUUACGCCCGGAGCUCGGUUGGGAGAUCGAUCUAGACGACCUGGAGGCACAAAUUGACGAGUCAACGGCGGCGAUUGUAAUAAACAAUCCCUCGAAUCCGUGUGGCUCCGUGUUCAGCCGUGACCAUAUACUUGACAUUCUCGACGUCGCCGCUCGUUACUACGUACCCAUUAUAGCCGAUGAGAUUUACGAGCACAUGGUAUUUCCAGGACGGACUUUCCACUCGUUAGCGUCUCUAUCGACCGAAGUUCCUAUUUUAUCGUGCAGCGGACUGACUAAAAGAUUUCUAGUUCCAGGCUGGCGUAUGGGCUGGAUAAUAAUCCACGAUCGUCAGAACGUCCUGGAGGCCGAGAUUCGCAAAGGCCUGCAUUGCUUGAGCCAGCGAAUAAUUGGCAGUAACACCAUCAUCCAGGGCGCCUUGCCCGCGAUACUUCGGAAAACGCCGCAGAACUUUUUCGACGACAUUAUUCACACAUUAUACUCGCACUCCAAACUGGCGUACAGCUUUAUAGUAAAGAUACCGGGCCUAAAGCCGAUAAUGCCGGACGGAGCGAUGUACAUGAUGGUCUACAUCGAUCUGCCGUGUUUUCCGGAAUUUAAUUCCGACCUCGAAUUCGUGCAGCGGCUGCUGAUGGAAGAAUCUGUGUUUUGCCUGCCCGGCCAGUGCUUCGAUUUUCCCUCGUACAUGAGGCUGGUAAUCACCCUGCCGAGUGACAUGCUUGAGGAAGCUUGUCAGAGAAUUCAAGAAUUCUGCGAGAGACAUCAUUAUAAAACGGCGGAGAUUGUUGGCAGGAACAAUUUCGUCGACGUCGAAAUCUCAUAUUAAAAAGGGAGGCUGAACACACGCCACGGAACUCGAAAACUCCCGUUAAGCACCCUGCUGAUUAUUUUCUCUCCGAUCGGAUCCGAAUCGUGACGACUGUUCCCGAAAAGAAAAAAGAGCCUCUUCCUCGGCCUUGGUUUACUUUUGUGUAUAUGUACAUGUGUAUUUUUAAUUUUCUAUAAUAUUGCUUAUAAGUGUACAAUUAUGUAUGUAAUAUGAACAUUCGAUAUGUAACAUUC